AUGAAAAUAGUGGGAGGGCACUACCUGAAAGUAACCUUAAAAUCUACUCUAGAUGAGAUAUGUGAAUCCUCAAAAUCCUGUGAAAUUGAUCCUAUUAAAUUGAAAGAGGGAGAUAAUGUAGAAAACAAUAAGGAAAAUCUGCAUUACUAUGUGGACAAGUUAUUUAGUACAAUUGUAAGAUAAAGUAUGAGCUGCCCCACUGAAAUGUGUAAUAUCUUUUAUUCUCUAAGGCAAAUGGCUACUCAGAGAUUUCCUAAUGACCCUCAUGUUCAGUACUCUGCAGUGAGUAGCUUUGUAUUUCUUCGUUUCUUUGCUGUAGCCGUAGUAUCACCUCAUACUUUUCAUUUGCGACCUCAUCAUCCAGAUGCACAGACAAUUAGGACAUUAACUCUCAUCUCAAAAACCAUUCAAACUUUGGGAAGCUGGGGGAGCCUUUCUAAAAGCAAGUCAAGUUUCAAAGAGACAUUCAUGUGUGAAUUUUUCAAAAUGCUUCAAGAAGGAUACAUUAUAGCAGUUAAAAAGUUCUUGGAUGAAAUUUCAUCGACUGAAACUAAAGAGUCCAGUAGUACAAGCGAGCCUGUGCACUUGAAAAAAGGUGAAAUGAAUAAAAGAGCUCAGGGAAGAACUCGAAUUGGAAAAAAGAAUUUCAAGAAACGGUGGUUCUGCUUAACCAGCAGGGARCUCACCUACCACAAACAGCCAGGCAAAAAAGCCACGCGUCAUUCCGACUCGGCUAUGGCUCUCAGCACGCCCAAAAGACAUAUAGUAAAUCAAAUGUAA